UGUACAGUGCUGGCACGACCAGGCCGCAGAAAGGGAGAGUCACGACGUAGACGAUAGUAACCUCAACUACCGGCUAGGCACCAUCUGGGCCGGCAUGGAUCUGGACACAGUCAUCAAAUGUGAGCCCAACAGCCCCCUGGAUCUGGGCCGCUGCUCCCAGCCCAACCUGGACGAGAGCUUCCCCCGUGACGUGUUCGCCUACGACCCCUCCCACGACGACUACGGCUCCGACCACGGCGACAGCGCCGACAGCGGCAACAUCUCGCCCUGCAGCCUGGACAAUAUCAAGAUCGACUUUUGCUCCAGUUCCUUCAACUCGCCCGACAGCGGCGAGGCGGCCGACGGCGCCAAACGACUGUGCCUUGUCUGUGGUGACGUGGCUUCCGGAUACCACUAUGGAGUCUCUUCCUGUGAGGCCUGUAAGGCUUUUUUCAAACGGACCAUUCAAG